CUUUCAACAAGUUUAAGUUUGUGGUUGAGGAGGAGGCCAGCCUAGGAACGCUAGUCUUCCCUAGCGCUAUACCAUAUCGGGUAUAGUGGCACAUUGUUUGCUUCUUCCACCAAACCCCAAAACUCGCCAUUCUUUUCAAAACCUAUCCUACAACUGCAACUACAGAGACUACACCAAGCACCGAGCGCUCUACGCACGUCUAAGAACACGUCUUGUCUUUGUUUUCGAAUCCUAUCGACUUUCCGCACAGAAAUAGCGAGUCUAACCCUCUCGAAAUUCACUAUGUCCUCCAACAGCCAACAAAUCGAACGUUUCGCCAUCGCGGCACCUCAAAAUGGCGAGUUCUCUAUGAAGAAGAUGACGGACGAGGAGAUCAGCGUUAACCUAUUCACCAAGGGCCAGAUGAAGGUGAAGGAGGCGUUUGAGUACUUGAAAACGUUGGCUCCUCCGGAACGCUUCGCUGAAGCUAUGCAUAUCUGCUCUCAGUUUGACUACGCUCGCUGGACGUACGAGAAUGCGUACGUAAGGGUUGGAGACGCGCUGUUGGAAGAAGCUGGCUUUGACGUAGAUACAAUCAAAGAGUUGAAGGCCACCCGUCCGAUCUUCUUCGGUCUCCUGAACGACAUUAAGACGAACCAAAAUGCCUCCGAGGUUGCGUUUUCGAGCCUCAAGGCUACUCUGCUUGAGAGACCGAAAGCUGUGAGUGGUUGCCCUACCAAAGUCUACAAAAGAGCCGAGAAGUUCUUCGACUACCUUCUCACCACCGCUUGGAUGGGCAAAGGGUUUUACAACGCUCUUGCUGGUUUGUUUCGAGUAGCGGACUUACCUCCCCGAAGCGCUAUCUUGUUGCUCAAUGCAGAGAUCCUCGCCCGUGUUGUUAGUCACCCCCUUGCAGUCAGCAGGCACGGUCAUUUCGUCGCGCCCGUUAUCACUGCUGCGAAAAAUAGAGUGUUCAGUCGUCUUGGGCACAACUCUGCAAGAGAACUUCGAUUCAGCCCAUACAACCGAAGCUUCCUGAGAAGCUACGAGCUUAAGUUUAAUGAAGCGGGGCUCUUGCAAAAAGGGAAUGUUGGUGACAAUGAGGGGUUUCCUGAAUUCGACGACGAGCCUAUUGGCUCGAGCAAUGCUUGGCUUCCUGUGUUGAUACAUGAGGAUGAGUUGGAUCGACCCGACACGCCCCCUCUUCUUGUUGUUCCUGUUACACCCACACAGACAACACGAACUCUGAGGGAAAGGGAUGAGACAAAGAAGGUCUUGAGUACGUCCAAGACGGCAGAUGAGACGCCCACAGCACCAGCGAGCAGGCUCCCAGCCAAACGCAAGAGACGAGCAGCACCUCGACAGCGCGCUCAAACUGUCGAGGGAGAAGAGGAUGAAGAAAGCGACAGUAGUGAAGAUAGCAGCGAGAAGGGUUCCCCUAUCUUUGCAGGCCUUGUUGAGCGUAAGGACAAAUCUCCUUCGCACCCUGCAACAGACGUUAGCCUUCAGCGGGAAUCGUCACUUUCCGAUACUUAUCACAGCCUUGCUGCGGGCGGUGACGAUGACUUUGGUCUUGACAAUGACGAUUUCGAACCCUUUCUCGGAGACGGUCCCUCUGCGAAUGAGUUUGUUGUUAGAUCUCCUGAGCCCUUGCCUAACGAUGGCGAUCAGUACGACUGUCUCUCUCUUGACAACAUUUCCAUCCCCUCUAUGGCACCGCAAAGCGCGCGACCUAUAACUGUAGAAGUCAUCUCUGAGGUUGGACGAUGGUUCAACCCUACAGUUCCUGACUCUAGGGGUCGAGUCUCUGGCCAGAAAGGUGGAAACAUUGUGCCCAAACUUCUUGACGAAUUCAAAAUGCUCAAGUUUCAUUGUGCUGAACGACCUAACCAACCUGAGGCUCAAGAGGUUUUGCACAACUCUGCCUUUAGUCUGACGGCCCAGAUCUUGUGGUCUCAACCGAGAUUGUGGACAGAGUUUAGAGCUCGUCUGCCUUCACAGCCUGAGCACCUUGUCGCUCGUCCUCUUCCUGCUAUCCGCGGAAAAGGCCAUGUUCCUUUUGACUCCAGUCUAUUGUCACGGACUCUGCUACGGUCUGAUUUUAAGUCACUAGGUCCAGUCAUUGGCUUCUUUCUCCUCACGGAAGGCCAUUGUUCAGCUGUUGCGCAAGCGAUUCCGAGAAGUGAGAGUCUGGAAGAUGGAGAAGAAAGAGAGUCGGAAGGACUUCCCGUGCCUUGCAACCCCCUCGACUUUAUCAUUUUUACCGACUUCGUGGGUCAGAUAUCGUUGAAGAUCUUCUUUGACAGUCCUCGUCCUUGGAUUGUUGUUCCUAUACAACUACUCCCUGUUUAUAACGGAGUUGUUGGGAGAGGUGGCAGCUGCACGCCUAGUCUCUCUCAAACCGCGAGAAGUUUCGAAACCAAAACCCCUGCUUUUGGUAGAGUUACGACGAGCCCGAAGUAUCAAGUUAGAAUCCCUGAGCUUGACGCUUUCGACGGUAUGAUUAGAGGAAAUCUGAUGAUGGACGAUCCCCUCCUACGAGUUACUCUUGCGGAAUGGAUGCAGUGCGAAGUCCUUAGUCCAACGAUCUCCAGCAAAAAGCUUGUUGGAGAACGUCGAGCUCGACUGAGAGAGCUGGUGCGGGAAUACUAUACGAAGAUUGUGACAAUUGAGAUGACUUUGUACGGUGUGAACUCUUACUUUGCCAAUCCAAAAGGCAAACAAGCUGCUAUUCCUACUCCGGCCCUAACUGCUGCAACUGGAAUUGGAGACCCCGGACCUUCGACCGAGGCUUCUCACAGGGCUGAAAGUCUUAGGCUAGGAGACGUGAGGGCUGGAGAAUCUGAAGAGUCUGAGGGAUACGUCUAGUCCCGAAGGAGGCUACGAGUCGGGAAGGGGAAGGUCUUGAGAUUGUGGAGAAACUGUUGGGUUGCUUUUGCGUUUGUUUAGCCCUUGUUUUUGUUAAUUUAAACUGCUUCUUUUUUAUUUUUCGCAAGUCCUGGGACGGACUUAUCUUAUGGG